UUUCGAGCGUUGCGUUUUGAGUGCAUCCGUUAGCGGGAGAAAUAAGAGUGCGCAUCCUAGUGCAGACAGUGGAGUGGUUUUAUCGGAAAUUGUGUCUGCAGAUAGUGCGUACAAGGUUCGUACUCAGCUAGCACGCAUUCUUGAGCUGUGGUCGGAGCCGUUAUCGCUACCGUCUGAAGUGGUCUGUUUUACGAGAAUAUUAGUCAGGAAUAGGAAGUCUGCACGAUUUCCUGGAAGUGAAGGUAUAGGAGGGAAAGCGAAACAGCGAUAGUGGCGUAGAGUGUUUUCAGGUACUAUCGUGGAACCGGCGCUGAAGAACCAUUAAACGGAGGCUUAGAGUCGUUGUGACGUAGCUUCGUUUACACGUGCAUACACACACACCCAUCAAAUCAUCAUUUCCUUGCCAGCCCACAGUUUCUUCUCCCGUCGUCAUGACAACGAAUACUAGCAACCUGAAGCUAUCUGGAAAUAUAAUAGGUCUGACAGGCAAACAAUCACAACCGCACACCCAACAGCAGCAGCAGCAGCAGUUACAGCAGCAGCAGCAACAGCACCAACACCAGCUACAGCAGCAUCAUCUUCAGCAGCAGUUGCAGAAACAGAAACUUAAGCAUCACCUUCAACAGCAGCAGCAACAACAACUCCAGCAAGGUUCGGUGGUGACCACCACACUAUCGAACGGAGUCGGCCAUCAUCCCGGCGGUGGCGUGUUUACGUCCGCCCUCAAUGGUGGCGGACUCGUGAAACCUUCUGGUGGACUGACCGGGGGUAGUGGAAUCCCCCAGCAAACUGCAACCGGAACAGCCGGCGUUCCGGGGCAGGCACCGGGUAGCCACAUUCCACCCCGCUAUCAACCACCGCCCCAUCCACCGGGUGGCAUCCUUAAGAACGGUUACACGAACGGCCAUCUGAAAGCGGCAUACCAACGUCCGGACGGGGCACAAAACGGUGGACUUGCGUACAACGGCACCAAGGGGUACGUGGGCGAAAACGUGAAGCGACCGCCGAAUCCUUCCCGCCUGCUGGCACCCCGUCAGCACAUCCGUUUUUCGAAUCUACCUCCACUGGUGAACGGUGGUCCUGCGGCCGUUAGUCAGCCGACCCAAUCGCACCAGGCUGCGAUCGCUGCCCAUCAUCAGCAGCAACAGAUCCAAACGCUUCACCACCUGCCGCCGGCACCGCACGCACGCCUCAGCUCGGAAUCGUCGUCCGAGGACCAGACGACCAGCUCGACGCGAUCGUUACAGGCACAUCUGGCCCACGCGAAGGCAUCGGCGGUAAGCGGAUCGUCCAACGCCACGCAACAACCUGCCACCGUACCGAACGGACCAUCCGCCGGUCACAUUCAUCACACGAAAGCGAUAGUGCAUCAAAGUAGUCAACCCAACCCCAGUAUCAACUCGAACGGAACGAGCACCUCCAGUGGGCCGGGGCAUCUAAAACCUCCACAGCAGUCACAUCUACCUACUGCUACCGGUGUACAACAUCAUCAGCAGCAGCAACAACAACAACAGCCUCAUCCGGUUCACACACUCCAGCAUCCGUCCCAGUCACAGCAGCAAUCAGCACAGCAGCAAAACCAGGAGAUGCUAAAGUUCGUUCGGAAAGCGGAGUCCGAAACCUCCUCCACACCGACCUCGUCUAGCGGAGGAGGAGGUGGUGGAGGUGGACGCAUCUCGGCACUGGAGCAGAAUCGACAUUUCCAGAAUCUGCUGGCAGAGCUGAGGGCACUGAAAGAGGCUAAUCAGCGGUUAAGUGAUGACAAUCAGGAGCUGCGCGAUCUUUGCUGUUUCUUGGACGACGAUCGGCAGAAGGGACGCAAGCUGGCUCGAGAGUGGCAGAGGUUUGGCAGAUACACGGCGAGCGUUAUGCGACAGGAAGUCUCCGCAUAUCAGACAAAACUGAGACAGCUGGAUGACAAGCAGCAGGAGUUGAUCCGUGACAAUCUGGAGCUGAAAGAGCUCUGUCUGUAUUUGGACGAGGAACGGAACAAUACAGGUGGUCGUACGGCGGUCGUCUGUUCCAGCUGCGGUAACUCGGCGAAUGCCGUACCUCUGCGGGACGAUGGCGACGGUAGCAGCUCUAGUACGAAUGCGGACGAGAACCUGCACAACAUUGCCCAGUUUGGACGCAACGGAAUGGAUCUAAACAUGCGAUCGACUCUCAGCGAUCAGACACUUCAGUACGUGCGGGCACUCGAGACUAGGAUACGGCAGCUAGAGGAGGAACGGGCGGUGGUGCUGAACAAUAGUGCGACAACACCCGGUACAACCACGAACGGAGGUGGACAGGUGCAGGUGACAACUUCAUCGACCAGCGAUCCAAUAUCCGGACGUCCCGAAGCGGUCGUGCGGGCUCUGCAAGUACUGGAAGUACGCGAACAGUUGGAACGAGAACGAAUCGGCAACACUCCGCCGGACCAGCUGGACGAUGGCGAGAAGGCACUGGUGCGCGAGAUGUGUAACGUGGUGUGGCGUAAGCUGGAAGACGCUCCCAAUACCGGUAUCGAUCAGCACGUCUAGCGAUGGCUCGACGGGAAUUGUUCUGUUCAACUCUGAGGCUCACUGUAUAAGGCGCGUACUCCCCAUUUCAAAUAGGACGAUGUACAAAUUAAUUAUAAUGACUCUCAAGGAAGCAGACAAGGGAUAAAGGAUAAA